AUGCGUGGACUGACUGCUAUCACGUUGCUUGCUGGUGCUAUCGCCUCGGUCUCUGCGACCGCGUUGACGACUACUAUUCCACCAAAUCAAAGAUUGUGUUUCUACGCAGAUGUCGACAAGGAGGGAGAAAAGAUUGGGUUUUACUUUGCAGUGCAAAGUGGAGGAGAUUUUGAUAUCGACUUUGAAGUCAAGGACCCUCUGAACGAACAGAUUAUUGAUGGCCAGCGGGAACGUCAAGGCGAUUACAUUUUCACCGCCAACAAAGUGGGCGAAUACUCGUUUUGCUUCGAAAACGACAUGUCGUCCUUCACAGAGAAGCUAGUCGACUUUGAUAUCAUGGUGGAGAGUGAACCGAGGAGGGAACCCCCAGCGCGUGCUAGCCAACUUUCGGAUCACACGAGUGCGUUGGAGGAAAGCGUGUACAAGCUCAAGAGCAUGUUGGCGACGGUGGAACGAACUCAGAAAUAUUUCCACACUCGUGAAAACCGAGGUUUCUCUUUAGUCAAGUCAACUCAGAAUAAACUCUUUUGGUAUGCGGUACUUGAGAGCUUGGCCAUUGUAUCCAUGGCAGUGUACGUCCUUUACACUGAAUAUGUAUCUGUAACUUCGCAGCUGACCGGCCCAAAGGUUCCAGGUAUAUGUGUUGCAAAACUUCUUUAA